AUGACUAUCUUGCCACCAGUCAGCGAAGCAUUUACCAAACACCUCCCAAAAAUAGAGCUGCAUGCCCAUCUCAGCGGCAGCAUCACCCGGGAAUGUCUCCAUGAGAUAUGGGUUCGAAAGAUAUCCCAGAAUCCGCAACUCGCAGUUGACGACCCAUGCGUCUUGAUGCCGCCGGGAAAGGUAGACUACGGGCUGAAUAUAUUUUUUGACGUCUUUUCAAAAUCAAUAUAUCAUCUGUGCAACGACUUGGACAGCAUUUCCUACGCUACGACUUCAGUUCUGAAUGACUUUCAAAAUGACGGUGUGCGAUACCUGGAACUACGAACUACGCCCAGAGAGAUCCACGAUGAUCGGGGAAACAUCACUGUAUCAAAAGAAUAUUACAUUCUGACAGUUCUAGAUGCGAUCGACACCUUCCGAAAACGCCAAAGCCAGAUCGACGAGGUCGACAGAAUGUCCGUCUAUCUCAUCCUCUCCAUCGACCGCGCCAGAGACACGUCUGCUUCGGCCAUGGAAGUAGUCGAUCUUGCCAUCAAGCACCGCAAUAUCAAAAACAACCAGCUGGCAAUUGUCGGCAUCGACCUCUGCGGGAAUCCGACCAAAGGCGACGUAUCGAUCUUUGGACGUGCAUUCGCUCAUGCAAAGGCACAUGAUCUGAAAAUAACUCUGCAUUUCGCCGAGACUGCAUCGUCGGGGGACCCGAAAGAGCUAGAGACCUUGUUGUCGUUUGACCCGGACCGGCUGGGGCAUGUUAUCCACGUACCAGAUGGAAUCAAGGAGAAGAUUGCCGACAAGGGUCUAGGACUUGAGUUGUGCUUGUCGUGUAAUGUCCAUGCCAAGAUGAUUGAUGGCAGUUUUGAAGAUCAUCAUUUUGGGUAUUGGUGGAUGAAGAACUGUCCUGUGACUUUAUGUACCGACGAUGUGGGUUUUUUCUGUAGCCCCGUCUCGAACGAGUAUUACCUGGCGUCGAAACAUUUUGGUCUUGGAUGUAGCGAUUUGGUAGCUCUUUGUAAAAGAGGCGUGGGUUCGAUUUUCGGGGGUGAGCACGAAAAGAAUCGUCUGUGGCAUCUGUUAGAGAAUUACAUUAAGGGGUAG